CUUCAGCCAGUAGCAAGAGCUGUUAUGACCUAUAUUGCAAAGAAGUGUGGUAUUUGCUUCCAGCCUCCAGCCAUCAUCCUCAUCUACAAGGAGGAAGACAAGGACAAAACUCGACAGCGUAUCAUGCCUAUCCGAAAUUUCUCCAAGUUCUCAGACUGUAGCAGAGCUGCUGAGCAGCUGAAGAAUAACCCUCGGCACAAAGCUUACCUGGAAGGAGUCUCGCUGCGUCAGCUAGAGAAGUUCUAUGGUUUGCUGAAAGGUCAUUUGGGAGGACAGAGUCUAGCUGAGAGCCUGGAACAGAUUCGUCAGGAAGAGACUAUCGACCCAGAAGAGGAUAUGAACAAAUUAGAUGAUAAAGAACUAGCCAAAAGGAAGAGCAUCAUGGAUGAGCUCUUUGAAAAGAACAGGAAGAAGAAAGAUGACCCAGAUUUUGUCUACAAUGUUGAGGUUGAGUUUCCGCAGGAUGAGCAGCUAGAGUCCUGCGGUUGGGAUGUGGAAUCAGAUGAAGAAAUCUGAUUCUGGACAAAGAUUUCUUAGAGGGACAGUUCAAAGAGAA